GGAUUUAAAAGCAUAUGGAAAAUUUGCUGCAUAGCUGUCAUUUCUCUUCAAGUCAAACGUGUCAAAUGUUUUCGUCCUUCAAGGCGUCCCGUCGACGUCUCAAAAUUGGAGCAAGUUUUACGCAUGCGCAGUAACCCGCAACGCUGAACUUGCCAACAAAGCUAACCAGAGCAGAAAGCUAACGCGACUGCGUUUAAAAAAAAAAUGUGUAAAGUCCGAAUUUUGAGAACGUUGAUGAAGCAGCGACUAAACGUGGCUGUCGAUGAGAUAUUUGAACUGUUUGAGAGAACCAUAGCGGAGUACGAGGAGGAGCUUUGUCGGACCAAAGAGGAAAAAGAGCGACAAGGCGAACUACUGCACGCUGUUCUUAAACCUCAAGUUCUACUACACAGAGCAGUCAUCCCAACAUCCCAUCUGCAUUUGCUUCCCUCGUCUGGCGAAGACAUUCAGCAGAUGUCGGCGGAUAGUCAAGAAGAAAAGCAGCAGGAGGAGGAGACGGCAGAGCCCCCCCACAUUAAGAAAGAGGAGGAUGGAGAGUCGCUUCAAUGCCCGAAAGACGAUGCUGAUAUCAACACGUUCGUAUGGACUGGUGUCCACGUGAAGUGCGAAGUUGAUGAAGGUCAAUCGUCACAGCUUCGUCACACUCCGCAUGAGAAUUUAAGUCAACGCGCGAUAACAGAAAGUGAUGGAGUACUCUGUGAAGCGUCACAGACAGGCUACAUUGCUCCACUCUCAGAUAUGGAUGACGUGUCAAACUCCUCUGACACUGAUCACAGCGACACCGAACCUUUGGAGACUCAAAACAAAUCGAAAGGCCGUUUGACGCAUCACGCUGUCCGCAAUAAAUUCAACUGCUCUCAAUGUGAGAAAACGUUUGCCAACAAAAGAGCGUUGAAAAGUCACGCGGUAUCGCACAUGGGAGUGAAACCUUUCGCUUGCUCCCUUUGCGAGAAAAGAUUCUCCUUCAAACGGAAUGUCAAAAGACACAUGAGAAGGCAUACGGGGGAGAAACCCUUUACAUGCUCUGUUUGCGCGCGAAGGUUUCACGACAAAGAUGACAUGAAGACACACAUGACGAUACACACUGGUGUGAAACCUUUCCCGUGCGCGGUUUGCGGCAAAACGUUUUCUCGUCAGUCGUAUUUGCGGACGCACAUAAGAACGCACACCGGGGAGAAGCCCUUUACGUGCGCAGUUUGUGCGAAGCGCUUCGCUCGUACGACGUCGCUCAGAAGACAUGCGAGGAAACACUCGGCGGAGAAACCUCUCGGUUGCUCAGGUGAACGCAUGACCCAACAGAAGCUGACGGGGAAUACUUCACGACACGGUCCAUCAAGGGAGCUCGCGGGUGUUGUGUUCAAAAUGUGCAAAGUGAGACUUCUGAGAACGUUGGUGAAGCAGCGACUAAACGUGGCCGUCGAAGAGAUAUUCGAACUGUUUGAGAGAACCAUAGCGGAGUACGAGGAGGAACUUUGUCGGACUAGAGAAGAGAACGAGCGACAACGCGAACUACUUCACGCUGUUCUCGACCCUUGCAUUGAACUACACAAACCAGAUAAACAGAAGAUGUUGAAGGAAGCGGUUCCAUCUGAGGAGCCAGCAGAGCCGCCCCGCAUGAAAGAGGAUGGGGAGCAGCCCCAAGGUCUGGAGGAGGAGGCUGACAUCCACAAAGCCAUAUUAACUGCCGUUGAUAUUCAGAGAGAAGAGGAUGAAGCCCGGCCCUCCCAGCUUCAUCACAGUCAAAGUGAGGAGACGUCAAGUGCAUGCACAACAACAGAAGCCAAUGGAGAACUCUGUGAAGACCUCCUCUCGGAACCAGACUCCCUCUUUGCUCCAAUAUCAGAUACGGACGACAUUUUGUCAAACUUGUCUGACACUGAUGAUAGUUGCCGGUCCCCAAAACGUUUGAAGACGAAAAAGAAGUCUAAAAUCGAUACGACACGUGGCGAUGAUUACAAGCCAUUCAAAAAUAGAACGAAGGGAAAAUUUCAGUGCUCUGAAUGUGGGAAAUUUUGGAACAAUCUGUCCCAUUUGAAAACACACAUGUUGACGCACACUGGAGAGAAACCUUUCGCUUGCUUGGUUUGCGGUAAACGAUUCUCCAUCAAGCAGAAUAUGAAGAGACACGUGGCGAUUCAUACGGGGGAAAAGCCUCAUUCCUGUUCGAUUUGCGCUAAAGGAUUCUACCAGAGGUUUUACCUGGACCGACACAUGCUCAGGCACUCCGACGAGAGAAACAGACCUUAUAAAUGUUCUGUGUGCGCAGAACGGUUCGUCCACAGCCGCGCGCUGAACGCGCACAUGAAAAUGCACACUGCGAAGAAGCCUUCGACCUCUAUCAGCACAGAUGAGAUUGGUUGGUCAAGUGGUUUAUCACGACACGGUCCAUCAAGGGAGCUCGCGGGUGUUGUGUUCAAAAUGUGCAAAGUGAGACUUCUGAGAACGUUGGUGAAGCAGCGACUAAACGUGGCCGUCGAAGAGAUAUUCGAACUGUUUGAGAGAACCAUAGCGGAGUACGAGGAGGAACUUUGUCGGACUAGAGAAGAGAACGAGCGACAACGCGAACUACUUCACGCUGUUCUCGACCCUUGCGUUGAACUACACAAACCAGAUAAACAGAAGAUGUUGAAGGAAGCGGUUCCAUCUGAGGAGCCAGCAGAGCCGCCCCGCAUGAAAGAGGAUGGGGAGCAGCCCCAAGGUCUGGAGGAGGAGGCUGACAUCCACAAAGCCAUAUUAACUGCCGUUGAUAUUCAGAGAGAAGAGGAUGAAGCCCGGCCCUCCCAGCUUCAUCACAGUCAAAGUGAGGAGACGUCAAGUGCAUGCACAACAACAGAAGCCAAUGGAGAACUCUGUGAAGACCUCCUCUCGGAACCAGACUCCCUCUUUGCUCCAAUAUCAGAUACGGACGACAUUUUGUCAAACUUGUCUGACACUGAUGAUAGUUGCCGGUCCCCAAAACGUUUGAAGACGAAAAAGAAGUCUAAAAUCGAUACGACACGUGGCGAUGAUUACAAGCCAUUCAAAAACAGAACGAAGGGAAAAUUUCAGUGCUCUGAAUGUGGGAAAUUUUGGAACAAUCUGUCCCAUUUGAAAACACACAUGUUGACGCACACUGGAGAGAAACCUUUCGCUUGCUUGGUUUGCGGUAAACGAUUCUCCAUCAAGCAGAAUAUGAAGAGACACGUGGCGAUUCAUACGGGGGAAAAGCCUCAUUCCUGUUCGAUUUGCGCUAAAGGAUUCUACCAGAGGUUUUACCUGGACCGACACAUGCUCAGGCACUCCGACGAGAGAAACAGACCUUAUAAAUGUUCUGUGUGCGCAGAACGGUUCGUCCACAGCCGCGCGCUGAACGCGCACAUGAAAAUGCACACUGCGAAGAAGCCUUCGACCUCUAUCAGCACAGAUGAGAUUGGUUGGUCAAGUGGUUUAUAAAUCAAAUCGAGCUGAGUUUCGCGCAGGUUAUGAAUGUAAACAAACAACCGUAGUUUUCCAACAAAUGAAAAAAGCUGCAUGUAACUGUUUUGUUUCUUCGUUUGGGAUCGUAACAUUUUCUGUAAUUUGCUCAGGAUUCUACGUUUAUUUGGAUUACUGUUCCCCCCUACUGUUAUAUAUAUUUUUAUUUUUGCAUUGAGUGGCGGGAACUUGACAUCAGUUAGUUUGACGAAAAGAGACAAGGUGUAUAUGGCACCAGCUUUGAUUUCUUUACACUAGUCCUGAAUUACAGUCUGGAAGGCAAAACUGUAUACGGUAAGGAUUCAUGCUUUAUGUUAUUGUGAUGCAUCUAAGUAUUGUUGUACGCUGUGUACAAAAAACAAAAAUGUUCAUUAAUGAUGCACGGGUGGACAAUAAAAGUUGUGGAACAUUGGAUGACUGGUCAAGUCUUUUUGAACGAAGAAGACAAACUUUAGGAGCAGCUCCAUCUACGUUCAGACUGAAAGGUGGGACGGAGCUCUGUGGUGACCAGGGGUUAACAUGCAAUGCUUCAAAAAUAAACGUAACUCCAAUGUU